UAACAUUUCUCUGUUCACUCGAAAUAAAAGCCUUAGCUUGAUUCGAUGGAUGCAUCAGUUAUUGACAAUUAGUGAUCGUGUUCAGUUCCAGUUCCAGAUUUAAUUUCAGUUUCAGUUUUUGCUGACACAAUCCAUAUUGUAUUUCCAAACAUUUUACGGAAAGUGUUCCUGUUUUGUGUGAAGUGAUAAGUGAUCAGAUUAUUUUCAAAUUCAAGAUUUCGAGACGAAUUUCGUGUACUUAAAAAAAUGAAGUUGAUAUUAUUCUCUGUGGUAGCGCUGCUGGUUGCGGGUUCCUCGGGUUCUUUUAUAAGAUAUUCAAGUAACUCAGAUGAUGCGUCAACUUAUUUAGACCAAGAAAAAGUGAAUACGAUCACACAACUUGAUAAUUAUAAUGAUGAUGAUUAUAAUUAUGAUGAAGAUCCAUUUGAUGUGACCACUGAGAAGGGUCAUGACGAAUGCGAUGAGAGUGCUAUCACGACAGAUCAUUCUGGAAAACCAGCGUUGCAUGUUGCAAUUGAGAACGGUUCAAAGAGAAUGGUCGAGUGUUUGAUAAACAAAUCAGUGGAUGUCAACAUUAAAGAUAGCGACGGAAAUUCGGCACUUAAACUUGCUCUGAAAAAAGGCAAUGACGAAAUAACUAAACUGUUGAUCCAGAAUGGUGCUAAUCUCAAUGCAAAUGACAAUGCAAGUAAUACAGCGCUUCAUAUAGCCGCUAUGAGUGAUACUAGUUUAGAUGUCGUUAGGUUCCUCAUCGAACACGGUGCCGAUGUGAAUGCCAGAAAUCUAUAUAAAUAUUCCGCACUUCUAACGGCUGCAGAGAGAGGCAAUGUUGACAUCGCAAAAAUUCUCAUUGAACAUGGUGCCAAUCUCGAUGUAACAGAUAUUUUUGGAAAUUCACCAUUGCAUAUGGCCGUAGAUGGCCAUGAGGACUUAGUGCGACUUCUCAUCGAUAGCGGUGCCAAUAUGCGAGCUGUAAACAUUAACGAAAAAACACCACUUCAAGUCGCGAUCUCCAAAGGUGAAACCAAAAUCGCCGAAAUGCUCGAGACCGCCGAUGACAAACCAUUCAGUGAUGAUUCCGUCAAAGCCAAAGAUCCUUUUGGAUUUACUCUUCUUCAUUACGCUGCUCGGAAUGGAAACAUGCAUGAUGUCAGAAAACUCAUCAAACAAGGAGCCGAUAUCAAUGCCAAAACUUUGGAUGAAUAUACACCUCUUCAUCUAGCUGCUAUGAAUA